CCUUCCUUUGUCUUCUCUCUCUCCCUCUUUCUCCUUCUCUUUUUUAAUUUGAUCAUAUAGACUUUUUUUUUUUUAGAGUAGAGUUGGGUCAAACGAACGGCUUGUAUUUAAUUCCCUUUGCCUCACAUUUUCUCUCUCUCUUUUUUCUCUUUUAUAUAUGUAGGAAGCAGACGUGAAAACCCUCAAUUCUAAGCUCUAAACGAAUUAGUCAUGGACGAAGAAACUUAUUUUCCAGACACCGAUCUGGACUUCAGCUUCACUUCCACCACCACCGACAGAACUUUCCCUUCCUCUAGUGCUCGUUCCAGUUUAGCACGAUCUAGCCUUACCCUCAGCUUCAAUGAAUCCCGUCUUUCCUGUUCCACAACCAACACUAGCACCACCAAUAUCACAACUCUCCACCACCGCAAAUGGGAUCCACGUUGGUCAGCCAUUAAAGCAGCCGCCAACCUCUCCUCCGACGGAAACCUCCACCUUCAUCACCUCAAGCUUAUUCGCCAUUUGGGUACUGGAAACCUUGGUCGAGUCUUCCUCUGUCAGCUUAGAGAUUGUAGCAGCGCUACCUUUGCUCUAAAGGUAAUCGAUAGGGACACAUUAAGCAACAAGAAACUCUCCCAUGUUCAAAUGGAAGCGGAAAUCUUAUCCAUGCUGGACCAUCCCUUUCUUCCGACGCUUUACGCCCAUAUUCAAGCUUCUCAUUACACCUGUCUCCUCAUUGACUUUUGCCCCAACGGAGAUCUCUAUUCUCUUCUACGUAAACAACCCGGAAAUCGAUUCCCUUUAGCGGCGGUCCGGUUUUUCGCUGCAGAAGUGUUGGUUGCUUUAGAAUAUUUACAUGCUUUAGGGAUCGUUUACAGGGAUCUUAAACCCGAAAACAUUUUGUUACGUGAAGAUGGGCAUAUAAUGCUGUCGGAUUUCGAUUUGUGUUUCAAGGCUGAUGUGGUCCCCACCCUCAAGUUCCUCCACUGCAAAAAUGGAAAGUCAAAGUGGAGUUGUUUCACCGCUGGUUGUUUUGGUUCCGUCGCGGGGUCGGAAGAUGAAGAACUUGUUCCUGAAUUUGUAGCUGAGCCAGUAACAGCGUUUUCACGGUCAUGCGUUGGGACCCACGAGUAUUUAGCACCUGAGCUUGUCUCCGGUAACGGCCACGGAAACGGCGUCGAUUGGUGGGCGUUUGGGGUGUUUAUUUACGAGUUGUUAUAUGGAACGACGCCAUUCAAAGGAGCUAGUAAGGAUAGUACUCUUCGGAACAUAGCUUCGAGCAGGCAAAUGAGAUUCCUCCACGUGGCGGAAGUAGAAGCGGCUGGAAUGGCGGAGGCAAAGGAUUUGAUUGAGAAACUGUUGGUAAAAGACCCAAGGAGGAGACUAGGCUGCACCAGGGGUGCGCAGGAUAUUAAACGGCAUCCGUUCUUUGAUGGGAUCAAGUGGCCCUUGAUAAGGCACUACAAACCGCCACAGGUGGUGGGUGGAGUGGCCAGGAAAAGGGGGCACGUGGGCCAUGUGAAGCGGAGGCGUUGGUUUUGGAAAGGACUUGAUUGUUUGAUGAUGAGAAAUAUAAAUAAAGGGUAUCCUCAAUAUUGUUUUUUGGGGUCCAAUAUUAAACAUAUUAAUGCUAAUUACUAUGAUUAUGUUCAUAAUAAUAAACUCAGGAAGAAUGCUUAGUUUUAUUUAUUAUUAUUAUUAUUAUUAUUAUUAUUUUGUCUUUGGGAAGCUUUUUCGUUAGGAGUAUAUUGUAAAAUUAAAGAGGAGAGAUAAAGAUGAGGCUUUGAUAUUCGUAGUUUUAUGGGGUUGUAAUUUAGUUUUCAUACACACGGUUUCUUGUACGUA